AUGGUUUUAAUGACAAUGAUUGCUAGAGUCGUGGACGGCCUGCCUUUAGCCGCUACUAUGCAAGAAGAUGAACAGAGUGGCUGCAAUAUAUUGGAGUACCAAAACCAAGCAAAAAUGCUGUUUAGAAAACUAGGGCCACAAUCACCGAUACGCUGUUCCAUUGAGACUGGACCCUACCUCUUCCACUAUUUAAUAGAGAAUGAGAUCUGUUACUUGGUUCUGUGUGAAAGGAAUUAUAGUAAGCGACUUGCAUUCAGUUACUUAGAAGAAAUCGCUCAAGAGUUCUACCAGCAGUACGGAAAAAGAGUUAAUACAGUCACUAGGCCGUACACAUUCAUCGAGUUUGACACGUGGAUGCAGCGCGCCAGGAAGCAGUAUGCCGAGGGCGGCGCCCGGGCACGGCGUUCCGGGGCAACCGCGCAGCUCGGAGGCCAGCUUGGUGAUGUGCAGCGCAUCAUGAUGCAGAACAUUGAUGAUGUACUGCAACGAGGAGCUGUGCUAUCCGAGUUGGAUACGAAAACACAAAACUUGUCAAUGAUGUCACAGAAAUACAAGAAAGACGCCACAUACCUAAACACAAAGUCCAUGCUAGUGAAGGUCACAGCGGGCGCAGUUAUAUUAUUAGUGUUUAUAUUAUACUUUUGGGUGCUUUAG